AUGAGUAUCAUCAAGGCGGAAUGCAUGUCUGGAAGAGAAGACCGCUCUGAGCGUUUCGAUUCGUUCGGUGGUCAGCUUCCAGUAACCCGCGAGUUUGGUGCAAUUUUGAAAGCACGUAGGCAGAUGCGUUGUCAACAACAAAUACCGCCGAAGCGAGGUCUCACUGCAUGGCGCUCGUCGCACACAAAUGCCGAAACGUUGCGUCCAAGAGCGUUGCUAGGCAUCGUCAUGCGACUGUUCACGUUCGUUCGCCUAGGCUUUUCUCGUGACGAUUGA